CGCGCCAUAAUCAUCGUGAGUGGGUUCCGGUGUGCACUUCGCCCAGCGCCGUCCAAUAGCGAUAAGCCACGUCCACCGAGCGCGCUGGUGUUAGUCUGACGGUGUGUCGCAUAGCAAGCGGACGUGCAAACAGCAGGAACGCUUAUACACGCUUCGUUCUAACCGCCUUCAGGGAAGACCCGCGAACGUAACUACAUUCCGCCCUACCAACUCCACACACCGCCACGAAGCAUGUACCGACCGCUUCUCUUUGCCCUGCUCGUCGUCUACGUGGCGGGAAAAGACGUGAGCACCUGCGUUAGCCUGGAAGGGAAAGAUGCGAAGGUUUGCACGCAGGUUCUCGGUCAGUCGGGCAAGAUAGUCGUCGGCACGAGCGACCCGCCGACCAGCGACGACAACCGCGUCACGAUCUCGUUCAACUCCAUCAAAGAACUGAGCGCCGACGACGCCGAAGUCGGCAAGGGGAAGGACUCUCACAGCAUCAACAGCUUUGCUAGUCAGACGUUCGUCUUCUCCGACAUAGAUAAUGACGCAAAGUUCCAAGACAUCGGUGCUGUCAGCUUCAACUUUACGGCUGAAUUAGAAGGACCUGACGCCACUCUCGCCGUUACCGCCUAUAUUUUUACGGAGGAUGGUAAUAUCACGAACGGCGACGAGUGGUUUCUCGUGCAGGCAGGCAAUAUGAAGUUUAACGUUGAGAUCGAUAACUGGGCAUUUUGCAAGCAUAUCGUGGAGUGCAAGCAAGGAAGCACGGUAGAGGCAGGCGAAAAGCUCGACUUUAUGAUGGACAUCAAGGGAAAGGGCAACGCGGCAAAGAAGGACGACGAUAAAAGUGGGACGGCAGUAAACUACGACCUGGGCGGUGCAAACACUUCGAUCAUUCUGUCAACAAUGGUUUCCAAAGAUGGUGAGUGGAUGGAAAUGGAAAGUGACUACCCAAUGGUGGUGACUACCGGCGGAAAGCAAAGCUUCACUUUCCGUUUUCCCAGAGGCGAGCGGUUGCUGUAUGAUCCUACCAUCGAUAUGGGAAUCACGGAAAGCUCUGAUGGCUCCAUGACGUUGGUCGCCAACGCGCUCCUUGUUGGCCUUGCCGCUCUACUGACAAGAUUUGCUCACUAAACUCUCUGGUCGCCUUGCUUCGUAUUAUCAUUAGCUUCCUGAUGUCUGUAAUGAGCACAGCCGGAAUAUGUAUGGGAUCUACAGAAUGUGUUGUAUCACUCCAUUCCGAGCUUCAUGAAGGAAAUACAUGUUUCAUUCUUUAGGACUUGAUACGGUUAAUGCUGAUAUUGUCUCAUAUUAUUACCAUGGUUAUCGUUCACUGUAAAUAGACCGUAGGCGUCUAAGACCUCAAAGACAUUUCGCGUCUUGAGACAUGUUUGUGUAGUUAUUUUUCACUGCCCUGGAUAUAUUAUUUAAAUCUAUGCAAAACUAUUUCUGAUAGUAUGGACCUGGUGAGCAGAAAUAAGUGUGUGUGCAGGCUUUUCGUAUGGCAAAAAUGUGAAGCUUUCAAUAUAACAUCUAAUGAAUAAA